UACGACACUCUGCUCUGUUCUGAUUGGUUACGACAUUCUACUGGUGGUGUGAGUCGUGCAAUUCAUCACAGAUCUUCAGUGCUUCGCAAAGACGACGUAUUGUACCUUCUCGAUUUAAUUUCACUUGCCGCACCAUGACAGCUGUAGAGACUCUAAUGCCGGCUAUUGAUGCCCAGUUACCCCAGCUACGCAAUCUACACCUGAAUGGACAUGUUGGCUUUGACAGUCUCCCUGAUCAACUGGUGAAAGAAUCCGUUGCUCAAGGAUUUUGUUUCAAUAUCUUGUGUCUGGGUGAAACAGGAAUUGGGAAGUCUACCCUGAUGGACACCUUGUUCAACACAAGUUUUGACUCUACUCAAAGCACACAUGACCUUCCUGGAGUCAAGCUGAAGUCUAAUACCUAUGAACUUCAGGAGAGCAACGUGAGACUGAAGCUGACUGUUGUGGACACAGUUGGGUUUGGGGACCAAAUCAAUAAGGAAGACAGCUGGAAACCAAUUGUCGACUAUACUGAUGCCCAGUUUGAGUCAUAUCUCCAAGAGGAGCUGAAAAUCAAGCGUUCACUUGAUACUUACCAUGACUCAAGGAUUCACCUCUGCCUCUACUUCAUUGCCCCAACUGGGCAUUCACUUAAAGCUUUGGAUCUGGUCACUAUGAAACAACUGGAUAACAAGGUGAACAUAAUUCCUGUCAUAGCAAAGGCUGAUACAAUUACCAAGGUUGAGCUUCAUAAAUUCAAAUCCAAGAUCAUGACUGAACUGCGUAACAACGGGGUUCAGAUUUACCAGUUUCCAGUAGAUGAUGAAACUGUGAAGGAAAUGAAUGCUGCCAUGAAUGGUCAUCUGCCUUUUGCUGUUGUCGGUAGUAAUGAUGAAGUCAAGGUUGGCAACAAGAUGGUGAAGGCCAGGCAAUAUCCCUGGGGUACUGUCCAAGUGGAGAAUGACCAUUGUGACUUUGUGAAACUCAGAGAGAUGCUGAUACGAACCAAUAUGGAGGAUCUACGUGAGACAACCCAUCGUACGCACUAUGAGCUCUACCGCAGGCACAAGCUCCAAGCUAUGGGCUUUUCUGAUAAUGAAUCUAAGAGCUUGUCUGAAACAUAUGAACUGAAACGUCAACAGCACAUGAAUGAAUUGCAGAAGAAAGAAGAGGAGAUGCGUCAGACAUUUGUCAUUCGUGUUAAAGAGAAGGAAGGACUUAAAGACGCUGAGAAAGAGCUCCAUGCUCGUUUUGAAGCUCUCAAGAAACAACAUGCUGAAGACAAGAAGAAGCUUGAUGAAAGCAAACGAAAGUUGGAAGAAGAAUCAAACUUGUUCACUCAGCGCAAAGUUACAAUGCAAACCCAAGCACAGCAGUCAACCAUGGGUAAAGGCAAGAAGAAGUAAA